AUGGCGUCACGGCUGUUAUGGCUCUGCUAUAUUUUCAUUAUUUCUGGCAGUUAUUCACUAUUAUCCGAUACCAGGAAUAGUAGAAUCCCUAUAGAUUAUGCUGUGAAGGAUUGUGAGACAACUUCGGCGUUAGAUUUGUUAGAUUUGUGGUGUUCUCUGUUUCAGAAGUCGAGUUUUAUUUUGACUGCUAACGGUUUAAGCUUGGAUGAACGUAGGCAAUCUGGCAUUAAAGGACUAUCUAUAACCGAUGAUUUUGGCAGUUAUCAAACUACAUACGGGAGUAUGACCGGUGAAGGAUUUGGUAAAAGGGUUUUCGAAGUGAAUGAGUGGAUAUAUUUUCGGCAAAGCAAGUUGUUGGUCAAUAUAAGAGUUUCUCUUAGUGCUUGCUUUUCAAGUCGGGACAAAUACGAGUUAAUUUGCAUGUUCAAAGUUGUUCAUAAUAAAAUCAUUGAACCGAAUUAUUUUACUAAAGUCAUUGAACUGCCAUCGAUCUCAAGCGAUGUGGAUGUAUAUAACUCAGCUUAUCUCGUCUUCAGCAAAAGGGCUUUAGAUUACUUCGCUAAGGAAAGACAUAGACGAAGCAAGCGUCUUUCCGUUUAUUGUGGUAAUAGCACUGCAACAUUCCAUAUGUUGUUGAAAGGCGAUUUAGUGUUUAAACUAAAUCCUGGUCCUGAGUACCAAAGUGCGAAGUCUAGUUAUUCAAAAGACAUCAUGCUCGUAAAGCUCGGUCGAAAUGUAACACCUCAAAUCUUAUUGAGAUACAACGCCUUCCAUUGA